AACUGAUCAAAUCCGAUUUUAUCAAUUUAAAACCGGAUUUAUACUGAUUCUCAGUUUAAUCGAACAGUCCGAUACGGUUCUGAGUGAUAUUUUGGGCAACAAAGUUGGAGGCGAGAAGUCAAAUUGGGUCCCGGUUUUAGGGUUCAUGUUGACCAACAACAAUUCUGACUCUAAUACUUAAAUAGAAAUAGAAAUAGAAACAGAAUUAGAAAUUAGAAAUAGAAGUAGUCUCUCCUCGACUGAAGGAAUCAAGUCCAUUAGUCAAUUGAGAUCCAGCAUUUGGUGUGCGCUGGACAACAUGGACCAGUACGAGAAAGUUGAGAAGAUUGGUGAAGGCACUUAUGGUGUUGUUUAUAAGGCUCGUGACCGCAUCACCAAUGAAACAAUUGCUUUGAAGAAGAUCCGCUUGGAGCAGGAAGACGAGGGUGUACCUAGCACUGCUAUUAGAGAAAUCUCUCUUUUGAAAGAAAUGCAACAUGGAAAUAUCGUUAGGUUGCAGGAUGUAGUGCACAGUGAGAGGCGUUUAUAUUUGGUUUUUGAAUAUCUGGACUUGGAUUUGAAGAAGCACAUGGAUUCAUGUCCAGAAUUUGGGAAAGAUCCACGAAUGAUAAAAACAUUCCUUUAUCAAAUUCUCCGUGGCAUUGCUUAUUGCCAUUCUCAUAGGGUUCUUCAUCGAGAUCUGAAACCACAAAAUUUGCUGAUAGAUCGUAGUACCAAUGCACUAAAGCUUGCUGAUUUUGGGCUAGCCCGAGCAUUUGGUAUUCCUGUCAGAACAUUUACACAUGAGGUGGUUACCCUGUGGUACAGAGCACCAGAAAUACUGCUUGGAUCCUGCCAUUACUCUACUCCAGUUGAUGUGUGGUCAGUGGGCUGUAUAUUUGCUGAGAUGGUGAACCAGCGACCGUUGUUUCCUGGGGAUUCUGAGAUUGAUGAACUGUUCAAGAUCUUCAGAAUAUUAGGUACUCCAAAUGAGGAUACAUGGCCUGGAGUGACUUCACUGCCUGAUUUUAAGUCUGCUUUUCCAAAGUGGCCGCGUAAGGAUUUGGCAACUGUUGUUCCAAAUCUUGAUUCAGCUGGCAUUGGCCUUCUUUCUAAAAUGCUAUGCAUGGAUCCCAGCAAAAGAAUUACGGCAAGAAGUGCUCUUGAGCAUGAAUACUUCGAGGAUAUUGGGUUUGUACCCUAAUACCUCAUACCCAUAUCCUGAGAAGUGUCUAUAUUAAUGUGUCGCAUUUUGUGGGUUUGAUUGUGAGAAAUAUGUGUGGUCUAUUAUAUGUUCUUUUGUUUUUCCCCAUUGCAAAUAUUUUGUUUUCCUCUUUCAAUUUGCAUGGACCAAAUUUAUGUUAAAUGGAACUGGUUUUUACAGUUAUCCUGGACUUAUGUAGCAA